ACUCCAUGUCCCGGCAUGCCCGGGCCGCGGCUGCGCGGCGGGGCCGGGCCGGGCCGGGCAGCGCCGGGGCCCCGCGGGGAGCGGCCGGGGAGCGCUCCGGCCCUCAUAAAUGGCGCCCAAGCAGGACCCCAAGCCCAAGUUCCAGGAGGGUGAGCGAGUGCUGUGUUUCCAUGGGCCUCUCCUUUAUGAAGCCAAGUGUGUAAAGGUUGCCAUAAAGGACAAGCAAGUGAAAUACUUUAUCCAUUACAGUGGUUGGAAUAAAAACUGGGAUGAAUGGGUUCCAGAAAGCAGAGUGCUCAAAUACGUGGAUACCAACCUGCAGAAACAAAAAGAACUCCAGAAGGCCAACCAGGAACAGUAUGCAGAGGGGAAGAUGAGAGGAGCUGCUCCAGGAAAGAAGACUUCUGGUCUGCAGCAGAAGAAUGUUGAAGUGUUCUUCAGGCGGGAUGGAGCCCACACCGUGUGCUGCCUGGAGACCCCGGCCAUCUCCACGCGGAAAACAAAAAAGAACAAGCAGAAAACUCCAGGCAUCGGGGAGGGCAGCAGCACCAGCGAGACCCCCCAGCCUCCCAGGAAGAAGAGGGCCCGGGUGGAUCCAACAGUGGAAAGUGAGGAAACGUUUAUGAACAGAGUUGAAGUGAAGGUGAAGAUCCCUGAAGAGCUGAAGCCGUGGCUGGUGGAUGACUGGGACCUGAUCACCAGGCAGAAACAGCUCUUCUACCUCCCUGCCAAGAAGAACGUGGACUCCAUUUUAGAGGAUUAUGCAAACUACAAAAAGUCCCGAGGAAAUACUGAUAACAAGGAAUACGCUGUCAACGAGGUGGUGGCAGGGAUCAAGGAGUAUUUCAAUGUCAUGCUGGGCACUCAGCUGCUCUACAAGUUCGAGAGGCCGCAGUACGCCGAGAUCCUGGCGGAUCACCCCGAUGCUCCCAUGUCCCAGGUCUACGGGGCCCCACACCUCCUGAGGCUCUUCGUGCGGAUCGGAGCCAUGCUGGCCUACACGCCCCUGGAUGAGAAGAGUCUGGCUUUGCUCUUGAACUACUUGCAUGACUUCUUAAAGUAUUUAGCAAAGAACUCCUCGGCGUUGUUCAGUGCCAGUGACUACGAGGUGGCGCCUCCGGAGUACCACCGCAAGGCGGUGUAACCCCGCUCCUCCUCGGAGCAGGGCCUGGCUCUGCACCCUCCCACUCCUGCAUCCUUCACCUCCCCGUCACACAGCUCCUGCACCGCUCCUGCAAACACAGAGUGAAUAAAGUUGUGUGUGUGCAGCGGAACUGCCACGUAAGCCCGGAAGGUUUCGUGUUCUCCAGUGGAGUUUCUUGUUCUGAAGUGGAAACUGGGGCUCGCGGGAGCCCCGUGGUGUUUCUGCCUUGGUGUUUGCAUCGCUGGGAUGUAAAGGAAUGUUCUGGUGUGUCAUUGUCUGAACCCAGUGCUCGUAGGGCUGCUCUCCCCAGAGGCUCUGCCUCACUAACCCGCUUUGUUCCAUAGCAAUCACAGACCCACGAGGGCUGUGUCACCUGUGUUGGUGCUAUUGACUGUCUCACUCACCCCAGUGACUUGUUGGUGUUGGAAGUUCAAUGUUUGGUUCAUAAAUGUCUGCUUUUCAUGGGGUAGUUGAAGGACUGUGACUUUUUUUUAUAUUCUAAUGAUAGGAAAAUGCAUUCUCAUCUCGUAGUGUUUGGAAAUGUUGGUCUUGCGCAGAGCUGUUUUACAGAUCUGCAAAUAAACUUUUUUAGUUUCA